CAAGUACGAUAGUGGAUAGUAGUUACUACAUAUUACGUGCAACGUUGAUAAUAGAACUUUUCAAUUUCUAUCGGCGUAUUCAAUUUUUUUUCAAUAUGUCAGACUGGGACACAGCUCCUAUUACUUUGCGAAAACGUCCCCCAAAAGCCUCUGUACUUAAAUCGGAACAGGCGGUAAAUGCUGCACGUCGUCAAGGAUUUGUGAUUGAAACACAAGCAAAAUGGGGUGGAGGAACAAAUAAACAACAUGUGGCAACUAAAAACACAGCUAAAUUGGAUAGAGAAACUGAAGAAUUAAAACACGACAAAAUCCCACUUGACCUUGGAAAAUUAAUACAACAAGGACGACAAAGUAAAGGAUUAUCUCAGAAAGACCUUGCGACAAAAGUAAAUGAAAAGGCACAAGUUAUCAAUGACUAUGAAGCAGGUCGUGGCAUUCCAAAUCAAAUGGUAAUUGGCAAAAUUGAGCGAGUGUUGGGAAUAAAAUUACGUGGUAAAGAUCGUGGUAAACCAUUAUCAGUUCCUGGGGCUAAAAAGUGAACCUUGGGAAAAAAAAUCUCUACAUC